AUGGAAUCUUCUUCAGAUGUUCAAGAAAUCUCACGCAUCGAUGCAACCGAGCAUUAUAUUCGCGCAGAAGCAGAAGACGUUAACGUUAGCAAUCAUAAUAAACAUCAUGGGGGAUAUGGUAAAGGGGGAGGAUAUGGUGAAGGAGGAUAUGAUGAAGGAGGAUAUGGUAACGGAGGAUAUGGUAAAGGAGGAUAUAAUGUUAUUGCCGGAUUGACAGCAGGAUCUGUUGUAAUUCCACAAGGUCUAGCCUAUGCUAAACUUGCAACAUUACCUCCUGAAUAUGGACUUUAUUCUUCAUUUGUUGGAGUUUCUAUUUAUUGUUUCUUUUCUACCUCAAAAGAUGUCACUAUUGGUCCAACUGUUGUAUUAUCUUUACUAAUUGGUCAAGCAAUUGGUGGAAUUCAUAAACAAACUCUAGAUUAUACCGGUCCUCAAAUUGCGGCAUCUUUUGCUUUAUUUUCAGGGUUAAUUUCUUUAUUUCUUGGACUCUUUCGACUUGGUUUUUUAAUCGAAGAUGCAAUUCCUGCUCCUGUAGUUGAAGGAUUCACUACAGGAUCAGCUAUUACAAUUUCAAUGGCUCAAUUUUCAAAAUUAUUUGGCAUCAGCGGCGUAGAUACAAGAAAACCUACUUAUAAUGUAUUUGGCAAAACUCUUAUUGGUCUACCUCACACAGAAAUCGAUGUGGUUUUUGAAAGUCCCGUUAAAAUUUUAAAACAUGUACCAUCAGGACUUCGUCAAAUUAAACCUCCAAAAUUUGAUGCUGAAAUUUUAAGUUUAAUGUCCAGUUAUCUUCCAGGAAUAUUGAUAAUUUUGAUUUUAGAACAUAUUGCGAUUGCAAAGAGUUUUGGAAGAAUUAAUAGUUACUCGGUUAAUCCAAGUCAAGAAUUAAUUGCAAUUGGUACCACAAACGCUCUUGGAUCAUUCUUUGGAGCUUACCCUACUACGGGAUCCUUUGUUCGAACAGCAAUUAAAUCAAAAUCUGGAGUUCGUACACCACUUGCUGGAAUAUUUUCAGGAAUCUGGGUAAUAUCAGCUCUUUAUUUUUUAACACCAGCUUUUUAUUAUAUACCUGAUGCUACCCUUGCAGCCGUUAUUAUUCAUGCAGUCCUUGGUUUAGUUUCACCACUUUCAUAUUUAAAAAAGUUAUUGCGAACACAACGGAUGGAUUUUUUUAUUUGGUUAUUGGUGGUAAUAAUUUCUAUUUUUUUUACUGUGGAUAUAGGAAUAUAUGUAGCGGCAGCAUUUGCCCUUUUAAUAGUACUCAUUCGAAUGUCACGUCCAAAAUGUGAUCCUCUCGGUCGAAUUACAUUUUCUCAUGAAUUCACCACCAAAAAAGAUAAAGAAAAUUUUCAUGCAUUCGUACCUUUAGAAGAAAAUAAUAAUAAUAUUUCAUUUAAAGAUAACACAUUCGAAUCACCUCCUCCUGGUGUAUUAAUAUUUCAAUUAGGAGAAUCAUUGAUCUACGUAAAUGCUAAUCAUGUACUUGAAAAAAUAAUUAACUAUACCAAAAAAAAUACGAGAAACAUGCAACAAAAAGCUGAAAAGAAAGGAGAUAGACCUUGGAAUAGUUCUAAAAAUGAAAGUGAUGCUAACCAAAUUCAAAAUUCUAAAUUACCCAUAUUAAAUACAAUAAUAUUUGAUAUGACAGCUGUACGUGCUAUUGAUUCAACUGGUAUACAAAUAUUAGCGGAUAUUAAAGAAACUCUCAAUAAAUUUUCUGGUCAAAAAGUUGAAUAUCAUUUUGCUAAUAUUCAAAAAGCACAAGAAACCAACAUAGAAAAAAACGAAAGAACUCCUCCCGUAGUGAAUCAAGGGAAAACAAAAGAUCCAUGGAAAAUUAUAAAAUCUUUGAAUUAUGCCCAGCGUAUUACAUUUCUUACUGCUUUUUUAGGAUGGACAUUGAAUGCCUUUGAUUUCUUUACCGUAUCUUUUGCACUACCUUAUAUCGCAGAUGAUUUUAAAAUGAAACCUUCCGAAAUUGCUUCAAGUAUUACUAUCACUUUAACGUUUCGACCUGUUGGAGCUCUAAUAUUUGGUCAAUUAGCUGAUCGAUAUGGUAGAAAAUAUCCAUUAAUGGUUGAUAUUUUAUUAUAUAGUAUUGCAGAAUUUGCUUCAGGAUUUGCACCAAAUUUUCAAGUUUUUAUUAUUUUGCGAGCAAUUUUUGGAAUUGCUAUGGGAGGUGAAUGGGGUAUAGGUGCCGCAUUAGCAAUGGAAACUUUACCUACUGAAGCUCGUGGUUUAUUUUCGGGAAUUUUACAACAAGGUUAUUCGACAGGAUAUUUAAUUGCCGCUAUAUUUUAUUAUGUGAUAAUUAGAAAUUUUGGUUGGAGAGCAAUGUUUUGGAUCGGCUCAAUUCCAGCAAUCCUUGUUAUAAUGCUUUGUUUCUUUAUCCCUGAAUCACAUUCAUGGGAGAGUCAAUACGCAAAUAAAAAAUUUAAGGAAACAAAAUGGUAUACAGAAGUAAAAUUUGCUUUAAAACAUUAUUGGAUAAGAAUAAUUCAUACUGUUUUAUUAAUGGCAUGUUUUAAUUUCAUGGCUCACGGUACACAAGAUUUCUAUCCAACAUUUCUCAGAGAUCAGCUUAAUUUUAAUCCAGAAGAAGUGACACUUACCACAGCAAUUGCUAGUACAGGAGCAAUAAUUGGUGGUACAAUAUUUGGAUUUCUCUCUCAAUUUUGGGGACGUAGACUUACAAUUAUCAUUUGUACAUUUUUUGGAAUAUGCUUUCUUCCAUUAUAUGUAUUUCCUCAAAGUCGAUGGUUAUUGACAUUUGGUGCAUUUAUGGUAUAUUUAUUUGUUCAGGGAGCUUGGGGAAUAAUACCAGCGCAUUUAAAUGAAUUAUCACCACCAGAAUUUCGUGGUACAUUUCCUGGGUUAACAUAUCAAUUAGGAAAUCUUAUAGCAUCAUCUUCAGCUCAAAUAGAAGCCUUAUUAGGUGAAAGAUUUACUAAAGAUGGAAAACCAAAUUAUGGUUUAGUUCAAGCAACAUUUGCAGGGAGUGUUAUGGUAUUACUUAUUUUCUUGAUAGCUAUUGGAAAAGAAGAUAAAGAAAUAUCAUAUACAACUCUAUUGACUCCUUUAUAA